AUGCCGUUCGACCAAUCAGCACACGACUUGCUAUUGUCCGAUUUUUUCUUGUCGAUAACUCCAAAACGAUUAAAUCCAUCUUCCAUCAGAAAUGGGAAUAAUUUCUCAAUGGGCUGUCUACCAAAUAAUUUCACUGAAUUGCUAAAAGAAUUGAAUGAAGAGGAUUUAAAGAAAGAAAAAGAGAAAUCAUUUCAAUGGUCUCAUUGGAAAGAAUCAAAUAAGAAAGAAAUACCGAUUAUUGAUCUUACCCACCAUCCUUUGACAGAAGAUUCAUGCCGUAAUACUCCAACAAAUUGGGAUAUCUAUCAACUGUGCAAGCGAAAAAAAUACAGAGUCCAUAUGAUUUUUAGAAAGAUAAAUAUCUUUCUCAAAAACAAGCAAUUCAAUGAAAUUGCCAAAGAGAAAAGAAAUUUGUUUACAUGGUGCAAUGAAAAUUCCCCAUGCAAUAACAAGAAAACAACACGAUUUUCUUCAGAUGUUGACUUGAAUGAAAGAACACCUUCAAUAAUUAAUGAGGAUUGCUGUGAAGGUGCGACAGGCAUUGCACCUGUUGAUAACCAAAAUGUAUCCACUCUUCUUUCCAACAACUGCUUAACCUCUCUGCUAGAUUCAAAUCUACAAACAUCACCACUUUUGCCAAUAAAGUCUCUACAAACUACAGCAACAGGAGCAUCCCCCUCACCACCCAAGGAGAACCAGCCAGGUAUAAACAGUUCGGUUUCCAAACCCGACUCACUGCAACAGGGAUGUACACUUUCUUCCUCUCUUUGGUUUUCUUCUUUCUUUCCUUCUUCUUUACACAAUUCAGCUUAUAACAGAGGUAUACACUUUCUUCCUCUCUUUGGAUAUCCUUUUUCUUUUCUUUACACAAUUCAACUUGUAACAGAGAUAUAUGCUUUCUUCUCUAGUUUUCCUUUUUCUUUAAAUGCAGGCUGA